UCAAAUUUUCCAAUAAACACCUUCUUUCUUCUGUCUAAUUGAACUUUGGAAAAUUUCCUAGGAUUCUCACCUCAACUGUAUCCUACCCUGCGUUGUACUUAUAAAUACAAACCCCAUAUAGUUUCACGUGGACAAUGAUCAAUCAGGAACGUACUUUGGUGCUCUAUUUCUGAGAGAAAUCCUUCACAGAAUCGAACUCAUCAAAAAUUCAGAAAGCCCCAUCUUCUGAGUCUAGCACAAAAAAAAAAGUAGUAAUUCGUCUCAAACAGUUGAUCAAGAAAACCAAACUUGAAUCCUCUUAUAAAAAGCAUCCAUCAAACAUCUAAGAUGCUGAAGGACAUAAGAUUGAAUCUCUCAUCUUCCAAUCAAUAUUCAAGGACAUUUCCUUACAAUUGCAACAAAUCAAAGACUAAUAGCAGGAAUUGCAAGAACUCUGUGGAAAGUAGUUCUGCUCAAAAGAACCAGGAAUUCAUCUGUGACACAAGCUACCACCAUUCAAAUUGUUUUGAUCAGUUCUGUAAAUUGCAUGGGUUAUCCCCAUCAAAAUCAACUUCCACUGAUCAACCAAACGGGUCUUUUCCUUGUGGAAACAGACGGGUUCUUGAACUUGUGUGCCCUCUUUCUCGGGGAAACAUCAGUGGUUGGAUUGUGGUACAAGGUGCUCGCACGUACAUGAACUCGGGAACACGGGGUUGUGCUCUGGAAUCUUGUGAUUUUUCUGGGAAUUAUGAUGAAUUAAGGAAACAUGCUAGGAUUCAACAUCCAUGGGUGAGGCCAAUGGAGGCAGAUGACGAGAGGCAGUCUGUUUGGGAUCGUUUGGAGCAGAAUGAUAAUAGGCAGUAUGAAUUUAUGAAUCAAUACCUCUACAAUGGAACUUCCACCUGAAUCCAUAUCAAAAUUACCAAAUUCAGACACCUAUCAU